CAUAUCUAUCAGCUUUGGCUCAGGUUCCACUGAUUUAAAAAGGACUUUUUUCUCUCUGCCGUAUUCGGAAAAAAAGUAAAAGGAGACAGGAUGCGGACUCUAAUUCUAUGUGUGACGGUUGUAGGAAUUUUUGGACAGUUUACUGACAAAACGCGAACACCCGGCGAGAAGGGCUCGGCCGUGGUAGAAGCAGUAGUUAACCUUAUUAAAAAUUCUUGUAUCUUUCCGAAUGACCGAAUGUACCUAAGAAGAUUAGCCUAUGUAGAAACAAACGAUGGACUUGCUUUGAAUACGUACAGACCCGGGUACAAUGGUGGAAUCUGGCAGGUUGAUGAAGCCCAGUUUUUACUUACGAAGCAAACUGGAGUUCUUAGCAAUGAAAAACAGCAACUGAAGACCAUGGGGAUAGACUGGUCCAGGGUGACAUGGCAAGAUCUCAGAAAACCCCUGUUCUCUGGUAUAGCGGCAGCUAUGUACGCUACAAUUCAAUCUGGAGCCGGAGGAGUUCCGAACGGCAUCGAAUACCAGGCCGUCUUCUGGAAAAACACGACCAGACCAUUACAGGAAGUUAAUGUGUUCUACAAAGGAGCACAAAAACUGGAGACUGGCUGCUCCCAGAAGAACAAUCUUGAUAUUGCCUUCAUUGUGGACUCCUCAGCCUCGUUAUCAAGCCAGGAUUUUGAAGACACAAAAAUGUUCAUCAGAAGCGUUUUAGGCAAAUUUGAUAUUGGUCUUAACAAAACUAGAGUUGCUCUUAUAAAAUACAGUACUUCUGUUACCGAGGAAUUCAAACUGAAUACCUUCGAUUCGAAUGCUGCCACAGACAAAGCCGUGGAGGCUGUGCGCUUCAAUGGCGGCGGCACCAAAACUGAUGCAGCGAUUCAGUACGCUGUGGACAACAUCUUCCCGAUAUCUGACGGCGGUCGGCUUGGCUCAGUGAAGGUCAUCAUAUUGAUCACUGACGGUAGAUCAGAGAACAAGCUGAAAACCCUGGCCGCCGCAGUGAACGCCAAGAACAGCGGGAUCAACAUCUACACAAUAGGCGUUACACCUCUGGUCGAUUCGACAGAACUGAAUGGUGUGGCGAGUCAGCCGACCUGUACCCAUGUAGAACUCCUUAACAACUUCAAUGACCUCGACUCCCUGAAAUCCGAAAUUGAACAAGUUUCAUGCACAGCUCCUGUUGUUCUUACGCAAAACCCCACUGCGUACACCUUCCCGUGCGGUUCCCCACUGAAUGUACAAGUAUUCCCCAACGUCCAGGAUGGUUCAACAGUCAAAGUGACAGUGACAGAGGGGACUGUGACAAUCUAUGGGUCUACCAAUACUCAGGCCAGUUCUGUCUUCAAUGAGUUCCAGCGAUUGGCCGCCAUUAACAGGUCUAUGUCAUUCUACAUCAAGGGAAAGAACGCCAUUUCUCUGUCAUUUGUCAGCAAUUUGCCGACUUCCUGCAAAUCCAACUUUCAGGUGAAAGUUACACAAGGAGCAAAUCUUACACCAGACAGUCAAGCUCUUUGUAUUGAAAACAGCAUCGUCAAGAACUGCUCUACCACAACUCUGUUCCACAGUCCAUUUCUCAUCAUGGCACCAGUCCCCGGGUUUAACAGUCCCUGUUCCUCCCUGAUCGGACAUGUUCAGAUCUUUCCCUACAGACCAAUCAACGACCGCUUCAUUUACUGCGACGACAAAGGCAAUGCGUUUGUUGUUCACUGUCCACUAGAUUUCGUCUAUAUCGCAUCUUAUCAGACCUGUGUGCCAGGAUCGCUGUACGUAGCAACCACAACCACAACUACCACCCCUGUGGUCACUCAGAGCACUGCCAGGACCACCAGACCAACCCCACCCACCACCACUGCCGCCCCAGUCACAAUCAGUCCAAGCCCCAGCCCCGGCACCGUUCAGAACCCCUGUACCCCCGAAAACAUCAUCAACAAUCACAUGUUCUUCCCUUAUCCCGGUAACAAUCAAGCUUACAUCGAAUGUUACAACUUGCCCUAUGUUGCAUCCGUCAAGCUGUGUCCAGAGCAUCACUACUGGUCGCAGAAAUACCUCACCUGUUUGUACAGUGACGUGGUGAUUCUGAACCCUACCCCAACCACCGAAUCUUACCACACUAACGCCGCCAAUCCCUGUAAUUCCCUGCCCAACGUUUAUUUCUACGCCAUCCCUAACGAGCCUACCAAGUAUAUCCAUUGCGACGAUUUUGGUGAUGCAUUUGAGAAAACGUGUCCGGACAAUAAAGUGUGGAACGAGGACGUGUUGCAGUGUGUGCCCCGGGGACUUGUCAUAUACGACACUGCUAAACCCCCGGUCGUCGGGUAGUUCUUGUGUACAAGUAGCAAAACGAAUUAUUGUAACAAGAUUCGAUUGUCCAUUUGCCUUAAUUAGCACAAAAUCAAUUUUUUUGCUUUUUUAUACAUUUAUGUAAUUUUUAAUUAAAUUUCCAAAUUAU